GGUGGAGCAGAUAUUAACAGAAGAGGUGGACACAUGAAGAACACAGCACUACUUGAUGCCUGUUACCUCGGACACUUCGCCACAGUGGAGGCGUUGCUUGAGUUGGGUGCUGAUGUUAAUGCUGUUAACAUCAAUGGCGACACACCACUUCAUUUGGCCGUUGGUGCAAAGAUUGAAAAUUAUGGUCAGGGCGACCUCGCAGAUGAAAAACUAACGUGCCGUGUGCAAAUGUCCAACAUGCUCAUUAGCGCUGGUGCCUUUGUGGAUGUCGAGAACCAGGAUGGUCGCAUGCCAUUGUCCUACGGCAACAUAGAAGUCAGGAAGGGCGUGAAGAUGUUCAUCAAAAACAAUCAGUCCGCUGUAAAAUUCAAGACGGGACGAGGGUCCGUAGAGAGUUUGUUUUCAGACUUUGGAGAACAAGACAACCUGGAGGAAACGCUGAGAGGUGUGGGGCUGCCAUGCGGGUUGUGCGGCCACCCGACAUCUGACGUCACUCUCUACCCGUGUCAACACAAGUGUGUGUGUAGCGGGUGCAGUGUAGCAGUCACGUGCUGCCCUCUCUGUGACGAGCCUGUGUCGGAAAAAAUAAAAACAGGCUCAGACGAUGAGGUGUUUGACCUAGAAAAGAAGUUCAAUCUGAUGUGAUCGGAUUUUAGGACGCACUUCGCUCGACUGCUCGACAUCAAGAGGAAACAGCUGAUGAUAAGCAUUCUAGUAGUCAAAAACAAUGUAAAAAACCAAGCUUUUUGGAAUGUUUGUGCUAACUAACCGUCUUGGCACCUUUUAUGUUUUCACAUUUACUGAGUAAAGAUUAUGUUAAUAAAAAAUUAACAGAAUUGUGGAGAAGAGAUAAAAAAUUAUUGUUUACCAUAAUGGGAAUUUUAGAAAUUUCCUUGUGUGUCUGUAAUAGUGACAUCUGACAAUUGGAUACAAGGUAAAUCCAUUGUAGGAUUUUGUGUUUGGAUAUCGGUUUUUAAAGGAGUUUGAAGAAGUAUUUCUGUAUGUUGGUACUGGACAAGAAUGAGACUAUGGGAUGUGUGUUAGCUCCACAAUAAAGAGACUGACGAGUAUUAUGCACAAAAGUUGGUAAAUCUUCAUCUGGACACAAGAGUAUUUGGUCCUUCUAUGUACAUGACAUUUGCAAUACCUCUUCAAAAAGUAAACAACACAAGAGUUAAGAAAAACAGAACCUAAAUAAUGGUACAUCAAUCUC